AGUAGCGCCGCCUGGCGAGAAGGCUUAGACUGAGUGACGCAAUCGUAAUAUCGUCCUUUUCGUCGCAAGACAGUGAGUGGAACAUGUCGUUUACAAGUGAACCGAGGAAUGAAGAACAGUGGGGUUCUGACAAGAAUGGCCCACGGGAGUCGGAGGCUCCGGCUUAUUCCGGACCACCUGGAAUGGAGCCUGAUGGCGUGAUCGAGUCCAAUUGGGACCAAGUUGUUGACAACUUUGAUGAUAUGAACCUUAAAGAGGAGCUCCUCCGUGGUAUCUAUGCUUAUGGUUUUGAGAAGCCAUCUGCAAUCCAACAGCGUGCCAUUCUUCCCUGUGUUAAAGGACAUGAUGUCAUUGCUCAGGCUCAGUCUGGUACUGGUAAAACCGCUACUUUCUCUAUUUCGAUCUUGCAGAAGAUCGAUACUAGCAUCCAGGAAUGCCAGGCUUUAAUCCUCGCCCCAACUCGUGAGUUGGCCCAGCAAAUCCAGAAGGUAGUCAUUGCUCUCGGUGACUUCAUGAGAGCCCAAUGCCAUGCCUGCAUUGGAGGAACUAACGUUCGUGAGGAUAUGCGUAAACUGGAUGCUGGAGUCCAUGUUGUUGUAGGUACACCUGGUCGUGUCAUUGACAUGAUCAGCCGCAAGGCUCUCCGUACGCACCACAUCAAGCUUUUUGUUCUUGAUGAAGCCGAUGAGAUGUUGUCUCGUGGUUUCAAGGAUCAGAUCUAUGAUGUUUUCAAGCAUCUACCUCAUGAAGUUCAGGUUAUCUUGCUUUCUGCUACCAUGCCUGCUGAUGUAUUGGAAGUAUCCAAGUGCUUCAUGCGUAACCCAAUUCGCAUUCUUGUCAAAAAUGAAGAACUCACCCUCGAGGGUAUUAAGCAAUUCUUUGUCUUCAUUGAACGUGAAGAUUGGAAACUUGAUACUCUCUGCGAUCUCUACGAGACACUCAGCAUCACCCAAGCUGUUAUUUUCUGCAACACCCGCAGGAAGGUAGAUUGGCUCACCGAAACCAUGGGAACACGGGAGUUCACCGUCUCUGCUAUGCACGGAGACAUGGAUCAACGUGAACGCGAUGUUAUCAUGCGUCAAUUCCGUACCGGUUCUUCCCGUGUGCUUAUUACCACUGAUCUUCUUGCUCGUGGUAUUGAUGUCCAACAAGUUUCACUUGUCAUCAACUAUGAUUUACCCUCAAACCGGGAAAAUUAUAUUCACAGGAUUGGACGUGGUGGACGUUUCGGUCGUAAGGGUGUUGCGAUCAACUUUGUAACAACAGAAGAUAAACGGCAAUUGGCCGAUAUCGAAAACUUCUAUAAUACUCGCAUCGAGGAGAUGCCAAUGAACGUUGCGGAUCUGAUUUAAGUCCUUCGCGGCUUCUCUUAAUUGAACUCUUGCGCUCUAUAAUAAAGAAUAUGAAAGUAAGUGCGUUAAAAGGAGUUCCCUGGCAAAUCUUCGUGGUUUGUGAAUACAUGAUUUAAAGUGCGGAUAGAAAGUUGAAAAUCUAUUAUAUCGAAAGUGUACAUUUCUGCGAAAUCAGUUUAUGAUUACUUGGAAAAGUGCUUUUUCUCUGCGUCCCAAGCUUCUCAAAGCUUGCUUCAACGCGCCAAUACAAAUAGGACCAACUUGGUUCUCUACUUUGACAACAACAACUGUCAAACAUAUAUUGUCUCAUAAGUUAUUUAGGGAUAGUUAAAUUACUGCUCUUUAUACUUGUAAUACAUAUAUAAAAUCUACAUCUACAACAGAUCAUAAUCGAUCAUUGUCUGCUUAGAUAAUCCGAUUUGAGUUUUAACUCUGAUUCUCAUCUCUGUUGAAUUCUUAGCUGUUUCUACAUCUUCAACGGUUAUCAAAAUAUUGCAUAGUUCAAUAUUCUAGAAAAAUUCAGAUACUAUUUUCAUUUUUUUCAUUUUUGUAAUAUAAUUACUUUUUCAAAACUUUAACAAAAACGAUUUCGCUCUUGUAAGAGUAGAUUCGAUUUUGUGAGUUUUGUUUUCAAAAUCUUAUUUAAUUUUUAUAUAUUCAUAGUUAGGAUAAGAAAUCAAGCACUAGUAAAAGAGGUAACUUGUGACUCGCACAUUAAAGGCGUUGUCACGCUUCAGCGUGCUUGCCUAGUUGAUAAGGGGUUGCAGAUAUUAUAUCUAAAAGAAAACUUUCUAUUCUUGCAACUCCAUCAACCAGGUUCCAGGCAGAACUGUAUGCUGCCCUUGAAUUUAGGCAAAUAAUUAACGAUAGUUAGACAUAAAUUAUAAUCAUGAAUUUUAAUAUUCGCGAGUUCAUCAGCACUGAGAAUAAGAUCUUGGUUUGGUGUCUAGUGAAUUUUAAUUUUUUUAUUAUUUCCUGGGUUCUUUCAAAAAUUGAUAUGAGUUCAUUAGUACUAUUAAAAAAAAAGUUUCAAAUUGAAAAAACACAUGAUAUUAAAAGAAAAGCACGAAUAAAAAGAAAAUUUGAAAUGUACACGAGUUUCGCUUCCAAAACAUUAGAACUUCAAAAAGCAUGUCUGACUGAAAUGUUAAAAUUUUUGAAUAUUGAAAAAAUCAGCUGUAAGUUGAUAUUAAUUUUUGAUUAUGUAAAAUAUUUAUUUAUAUUUUCUUCGGUUUUCUUAACCCUGGUUGUUCAUUUAUCACAACAAUACAAGAUUCAGACUUACCUGUACAAAAGAAUUAAAUUUAUUAAUUUUGAUAGACUUAAAGAUGUCAGCUUCAUGUGGACACACUGGUAUACAGUGAAUUAUUAUUUGCUGUUUAUUGUUUCUUUAGCUUUAAUUAGAUUUACUAAUGAAUUAAUUCAACAAUGCAGAAUUAGAAAUGAACUGCGGAAAUUAGGAUUUAAGUGCCGAAAAAUUGGUGUUAGUGAUAAUUACUCAUUUUUGACGUUUUUACUACCAAGACUGCGACUCGUUUGUUUAAGCAAAGGUUUGGUCGGCUAUUGGAAUGGUUAUUUUAAUCACAAGCGAUCGCGAAGGAAAUGUUUUUCAAAAAUCUUUUGACUAGUUAUACAAAUUUUGUAUAUUAUAUAUUCAGUAAGAUGAUUAAUUAUCAAUAAUUUACCUUUUAUUAUUUACUGUUAACAUGAUUUGAAAUAAAGUGUUUCUAAUAAA